UAAAAUAUAUAUAUUAUUGUUUUUCUCUGAUCUUCAACGACAUUGUAAAUAAUGGGGAGGCAUCCAUGCUGCAAAGACAGUGAGGAGGUGAAGAAAGGGCCGUGGACGGCGGAGGAGGACCAGAAACUGUCGGAUUAUGUGCUCAAAAACGGCCAUGGAAACUGGCAAAUGCUCCCCAAGAAAGCCGGUCUUAACAGGUGUGGGAAGAGUUGUCGACUCAGGUGGACAAAUUACCUAAGACCUGAUAUUAAGAGAGGGGAUUUCUCCCAGGAAGAGGAACAAAUCAUCAUCAAUCUCCAUUCUUCUCUCGGAAACAAGUGGUCAAGGAUUGCAGCUCAUCUCCCCGGAAGAACUGACAAUGAAAUCAAGAAUUUCUGGAACACAAAUCUGAGGAAAAAGCUUCUAAGAAUGGGAAUUGAUCCAAAAACACACCAACCAAUAACUGAUAUAAAUCUCCUAUUAAAUCUCUCCCAUCAAAUGCUUUCCAACACAAAUAAUCCUUUGGGGUCUGCUCUUAGGUUACAAAACAUAUUUCAAUUCCUCAAUUCCUACCCAAUACUAUUUCCUACUAAUAAGCAAGAAAAUUUUCCAAUGGGAUUAGAUAAUAAUAACACUAUUGAUACAAUCAAUAAUUAUGUUUCUGCUACCCAUAAUUCUUCAGAUUUUAUUGGCUCUGACUUUAACCCACACAUGAAAAUACUUACAGAUGCUGGUGAAAAUAAUGGCCAUUCAGAAUAUUCACUUCCAUCUCUAGUUCAAAGUUCCUCUGAGUAUAUUCCCACUUUAGACCAAACUAUAAUACCCUCACCUGGGGGGCUAGAAGCCAAUAAUAAUGAGUUUCUGGCAUGGGAAGAGUUUCUGAAAAAUGAAGAAGAUUGUUCGUCUCUUUGGAAUGAUAUUCUGCAAGCUAAACAGACGUAGAUUAUUUCUGUUUUGCCCACACGAACUUAGUUUAAUAGUUCAAUGGUUCAGUAAGUAGUAUCUGGGAGAAGAUUAUUUUUGUUCAUGUGAUUUUUUUUAUCCUUUUGUUUUUUGUUGGCAUUUAAAAUGAUAUAUGGACUUUAGUUCAUGAUAUGGAACGUAACACUUUUAUUUUUGCAUUCAUGUAUAAAAAAUCUUGUGUGGAACGAUUUCGAUCAA